CUCUUCCUCACCACUUCUGACACCCCGCCCGCGCCAUGGACAGCAUCGAGACCCAGUCGCGCUCGGCGCUGGCUUCUGGGAGUAUUGGCGCGCGCUUUAUCUCCCAGAAUGCCGUUGAUGAGGCAAAGGAGCGUCGCGAGGAGGAAUGGAAGGCAGCUUACGAGCGGAUCGGACAGGAGCCGCCACCCGAGAUCAAGGAGGAGGAGCACGAUGGAAGGACGCUUUACGAGCGACUCGAAGAGCAAAAGCAAUUGAAGCAGGAUUGGUGGGAUGACCGCAUGAAGAUGAAGAACCAGUACCGCGGGCUGGUGGGAGAAGAGUUUGAGUUUUUGGCGGAGAAGGAACGCGAGAAGCGCGAUGCAGAACGCAGGAUCGAGGAGGAGGUCACGACUGAGCUGCAGGGGUAUCGGGAAGCCCGCUCAAAGCGCGCCGCCGACGCUGUGGCGGCCACGGAACCGCAGGCUGCUCCGAGCUCGGUACCGAAGCCUCCGUCCAAGAAGGUGGCGGCGCCCGCGAAGCCGGCCAAGAAGGACUUGCGAUCGCUGAUGAAGGGUGUUGUGGUGAAGAAGAAGGCCGCCAAGCCCGCCGACAAGGCUCAGGAGAAGGAUAAGAAGCGACCGGCCGAGGAUGACGGGCGCGAGGCUAAGCGCCGUGCAUGAGCGUGGGCGAGGGUGAAGGUGAGUCAAUGGUGUGCGCCGGCCAAGAUCCGGAUAUGGCGGAUGGCGGAGGAAGCAGCGCCGAUAUCUCAGAGGUGUACAACCGAGGAGGCGUGCGCCACUGUUCGCACCCAACGGCCCGCGGCCAACGAGUACAUCCCUCAUUUUUGGACGUCGCGGCGCGCGUCGCGUCCGGAUCCGCGACGGCGUUUCUCACGGCAGUCUGGCCCGACGAGAUAUGGCGAUAGCGAGCCGCCGUGAGAUGAGAUAACGCAGCGAUGGAGGAGUGGCGUGCCACGGUGCGGGAGUGUGCUUCGCGGCGGCGUGACUAGAAGUUAUCUGUUGUAAACAG